CCCCCCCCGGAUUUAGCUGGAAGGGGCAAGAGCCGCGGCCAGUCCCGGGAGAGGCGGGUGCAAGUCAAUCUCGUGGCCUCACGGGGACGUACUCUGCAAGAGCAGCUAAUCCGGGGGAGCGCCUCGAUAAUGUUAACCAAAAAUACAGCUUCUGAAUUUUUUCCAAAAAUUAACUGAGUUCAUUAUACAGUUUGGAAGAAAACCUUGUGAAAUAUAACAUUUAAGGAAACGAAUAAGACUUGGCCUUACAAACAAUGGAAGAAUACACUGUGUUAAAAGUACUUGGAGAGGGAUCCUUUGGGAGAGUUCUUUUGGUUUUUCAUAAGAGUAGUGACCAGAAAUAUGCAAUGAAGGAAAUAAGACUUCCCAAGUCUCCAUCUGAUGUACAGGACUCUAGGAAGGAAGCUAUUCUGUUGGCUAAAAUGAAACACCCAAAUAUUGUUGCCUAUAAGGAAUCAUUUGAAGCUGAUGGACAUCUGUAUAUAGUGAUGGAAUACUGUGAUGAUGGAGAUCUAAUGCAAAAGAUUAAAUAUCAAAGAGGAAAGUUGUUUCCUGAAGAUACGAUACUUCACUGGUUUGUACAGAUGUGCUUGGGAGUGAAGCACAUUCAUGACAGACGUGUGUUGCAUAGAGAUAUCAAGUCCAAGAAUAUUUUUCUCACUCAAAAUGGAAAAGUCAAAUUGGGAGAUUUUGGAUCUGCACGUCUUCUUACAAAUCCAAUGGCAUAUGCUUGUACAUAUGUGGGAACUCCUUAUUACGUACCUCCCGAAAUAUGGGAAAACUUGCCGUACAACAACAAAAGUGAUAUAUGGUCUCUGGGAUGCAUUUUAUAUGAGCUCUGUACUCUUAAACAUCCGUUUCAAGCCAAUAGCUGGAAACAUCUCAUCCUUAAGAUAUGUAAAGGAUCCUACAAUCCACUUCCAUCUCAUUACUCCUAUGAACUUCAUUAUUUAAUAAAACAGAUGUUUAAAAGAAAUCCCAAGAACCGUCCAUCAGCCAGUACUAUUCUUGCAAGAGGCUGCUUAGCAAAACUUGUCAAAAAUUGUUUGCCAGCAGAGAUGACAGCUGAGUUUAAACAAAUAUUAAAGGAGGCAAAGAAACACAAAGAUGAUUUAGGAAGAAAAAAAGGUGCUGUCAGAACAGGUGGACAUUCUAGUAAUGGGCAAUAUGAAGAUCAAAGUAGUACAGGUAGCAAUUCAAGACUGGAGAACAUUACCAAGCUCUUGAGUGAGAGGACACUGAAGCAAAAGGGUGCUGGUGAAGAGGAAAACUGUGAAGUCCCCCCAAAGAAUGCAAUUUUGCCAAGUCCCCACAGAAAACAUUGGGAAAGGGGAGAGUCAAAUACAGUGGUAAAUGUCCUGGAAAAUGCAUCCUUGCUUUCUUCCAGUUUUACAGCUGAGGAGGAUGAAAGUGGCUGUGUUAUAAAAUAUAGUGAAGAUAAACCACGCAAGCAAUGGCUCAAAGAAACUCCUCACACCUUGAUGAAUAUUCUCAAGAAUGCUGAUAUCAGCUUGGCAUUUAAAACCUACACAAUCUAUAAACCAGGUAAAUCCUGAGUCUGCAGGCAAACUGACAUUUU